ACAUUAUUUGCAGUAACAUCUGUUGUGUUUUACCAAAAUGGCCUCUGGUUCUACUCGGGAUCUAGAGCAGAUUGUGAGAGACGGAUUGAGCACGCUCGUGUUCGCUUUUGGUUACAAGGUUGGGAUAAUUAAUGCCUUCAUUGAAAUCAAACAGCCAUGUACUGCAGAGGAACUCAGUCAAAAAUCAGGACAAAAGUUAAGGUACACUCAAGAAUGGCUUGGCAGCAUGAUCGCUGCAGGAAUUGUCAAACUUCACGAAGACGGCAAAUACUCCCUUCCGUUCGAGGAAUCCAAGUUGAAUUAUUGGGGUGUUAUCUCCAAAGCACUUCCAAUAUUAAGUGAGAUGUUUCCUAAGCUCCAGGAAGUCUUUUCAAAAGAUGGACCAAGGGGAUAUGGAUAUUAUGAGCCGAUUCUUGCGUGGCUGGAUACACACCGCACACCAACAGCUCUUCGUCACUGGAACCAGGAUCUACUGAUUCCUGCCAUAGAACUUAAACAAGGGACCAAUUUUACACUGCUAGAUAUUGGUUGUGGUUACGGAAAGCAUACAAGAGAAGUGGCCAAACUGUUCCCUAACUGUACGAUUUACGGUAUCGACUCGGAUAAAGUCUCCAUUGAUCAAGCCAUUAAAGAACUUCAAGAAAGUGGUCGGAAGAACAUCAUCUAUAGCCAUAUGAAAGGGGGACAACUCCCAGAGGAUUGGACUGAAAAAUUUGAUUUCGUUUUAAUAAACGAUGUACUUCAUGAUUCACACGACGGUGAUGGAAUUCUCAAAGAAACGAAGCGAGUCCUUAAACCAGAUGGUUAUGGAAUGGCAUACGAUCCUCCUGUAAGCUCAUAUCCAGAAAAGCAAGUCGGGGAUGUAACGGCCCAGUUUUACCUUCCUUUUAGUCUCUUUCAAUGUCUUCCGGUCAGUUUAUCCGGUUCACCUGGAGAAGGACGUGGUAUCGGUUGGGGAUACGAACGCAAGAAGCAGGAAAUAGAACAACACGGGUUUCGGGUUAUCCAAGUUGGCAAAGAGGAUAUCGAUACAGUGCAAGAAGGCAUUGUUUUUAUGAAAGAGAAUUAAACUUAAAUGGUUGUUAAAGAACAGUUUUUUCUGCACUUGUAGUGAACCCUACCAAAAUUCAUCUCGGGUCUUUUAUUGUAUUUAAUCAUGUUUAUUACGAAAGCCCAGAAGGCUCAUUUGAGAUUCAAGUUUCGAAAUACGAAAUUCGAAGUUCGAGAUUCGAAAUUCGAGUUUCGAAAUUCAAAAUCCAAACUAACCAAUCAAAAGCGGGUUCAACAUUUGAUUACUCCCCUUUAUUAUGUUAUUACUAUCAAGAAAUCUUUGAAUAUAUUUAUAUAACAAAUGGGUCAUUUGCUAAAAUGAUAAUGCAAGAAAAAUGUUUUAUGUAUCAAAACGAAAUGAAAACAAAAUUUGGAUUACAUUUUGAAAAAUAUAUAAAUAAUCUUAUUUUUUUCUAAUGAAACAAAACAAACAGUAGAUAGGUAUAAUAUAGAAUAUUAUAUGGUCUUAUUGUUGACUUGCGGAAUAAAAGUAGAUCGACUAAUUUUGUAUUAGAUCAAUGAUGAGGGAAAAAAUAAUUAUUGAUUAGAUAUUAAAUAUCAAGAAUCGUCUCUACACUGCACAGUUAUUCAAGGAUAUAAAGGGUACAUUUGUGCAGUUAGACUUGACUGCUGAAUUGAAAUGUAGUGUUAUAAGGUUUUACAAGUAUACUUUAAUCUUUGACCAUACUGUUAAAGCUAUGGUCAGAUAUUAGAAUAUAAAACCAUAACGCUAUUGUUCUCCAGCUCAUCUACUAUUUGAUAUCAGAUAAAAUAAAUGCUGCAUCUAUUGUAUUUCAUAUUGCCAAUCUGUAUUGUAUAUAUAAUUUUUAAUUAACUCAAGAAAUAAAAGCCUUAGACCAAGAUAAGUAAUUGAAAACUUAAUUUUUAUGUAUUUAAUUUCCUCUAUACGGAAA